AUGUUCGUCUUUCGCCCCAAGGAUCUCCCUCCUGACCCGGUCUAUCCUGCGGAUCUCAAGAAACUAGGGUACUUCAUCACCGACAACGACCAGAUCAAAAAGAUCUCAGACCCAGAGCAAGACUUCCAAUUCAAAAUCAACCGCAACCCGCGCUGGAAUGAAGCCCAACGAGAAGCCAUGAACGCUUGCAUCCGCACCAUCGUCCACUCCCGUCUCCGCGACCAGGGCAUGACAACUCUCCGUCUCCCGCCAACCGCAAGCCCCAAAGAACCACAUGUCCCGAUCUUCAUCUCAUCUAACCUCUCCACCGCCAAACGCGUCGUCGUCGUCUUCGGAGAACCCAUCCAAGACGUCGGCAUCUGGGCCUACCGAAGCGUCGGAAUGCAAGGUAUCAACGCGGGUUCAGCCGUCUCGUUGGCGCAGGAGAUCCUCCAUCUCCAGAAAAAAGACGACCAGCAGCAGCAAAAGCAGGUCCCAGAAUCCACCGACAAGCCGCAGCACGUCACUUCCGACACAGCCCUCAUCCUCGCGAACACAGGCCAGUUGAUCUGGUACUGUGGUGGCCGUCGUGCUAUCACCCAUGCUAGCUGGAUGGCUCUCCCGCGACGUUCGGCUGUUGAUCCGCCCUAUAGGAUGACGGGCCGUAACUCGAUCCCUGGGAAUGCUAACUGGCAGGAACAUGUGGAGAGUGUCUUUGAGGAGGUUCUGGCUGCGAGGGGCCGACUUGUGAGGGAGGAUGCUAAGAUUGAUAUCAUUGGGAUUUCUGAGGGUGGGCUUGGUGCUAUUCGGUAUUUGGCGAGUGAUUGGUCCUCUUGGAGCCGCUACAUCAACGCAAUCUGCCUAGCCAGUCCCCUCCAUUUCGCAAACAUCGAUCUAAACCCAUACGACAACGACAACGAAGCCGAAACCGAAACCGAAACAAAUAACCAAAACAACCCCAACUCAUUCGCAUCCUUCCUCCUCGCCCGCGGCCGCGCAUAUGUCGUCUCUCCCGAACCCCGCGGCGUACCUGUUCCCGGAAUCGAGGAUCAUGGCUGCAACUGCUUCGCGUCUGGGGAGGAGUUGAAUAUCGAAUGUGUUAUGGGCGCUGCGUGGAAGGAGAUGAUGCAGUGGUUUGAGAAGGUGCAUGCGGAUCCGGAGUAUUGUGAGGAUCAGUAUGAUGUGAGGACUGUGGAGGCUAAGGGAGGCGUUCUUCCUGAGAGUGGUGUUCAGGUUGUCCAUACGGGAGUUGAUAAUGAGGAUGAAAGUGGAGGUGUUGCAAUUGAGGUUUAG